ACAUAUAUAGCUUGCUACCUUUCUUGAUUAGAUAUACGCAAACAAACAAGAAGAAAAAGCUAAGGCUGGUGUACGUGUAUGUGUGUGUAAUCAUUAUUAUUACAAUAACUUCUUCUAAGUUUGAGAAGAAAGCAAAUAAUAAUGAUAAAUAAUUUGUUAAUUAAUUUUGCUCAUGAACACAAGAAAGUGGUCCCAAUAUCACUGUUUGUUGCUGUUCUGUGCCUUUGCUUGGUCAUUGGUCACUUGCUUGAAGAAAAUCGAUGGGUUAAUGAGUCCAUUGUAGCCAUUUUAGUUGGAUGCAUAGCUGGAAGCAUACUCUUGUUAGUCACCAAAGGAAAAAGUUCCCACAUUCUUACCUUUGAUGAAGAACUCUUCUUUAUAUAUCUCCUUCCUCCCAUAAUCUUCAAUGCUGGAUUCCAGGUGAAAAAGAAACAAUUCUUCCAUAACUUCUUAACCAUCAUGAUGUUUGGAGUGAUUGGUGUUUUUAUUUCGACUUCUAUUAUUACGGGCGGCAGUUGGUGGCUGUUUCCUAAGUUGAACUUCCUCGGCUUGAGUGCCCGGGAUUACCUCGGUGAGAUUGCUAUAGGAACAAUUUUCUCAUCAACAGACACAGUUUGUACACUGCAGGUGCUGCAUCAAGAUGAAACUCCUUUACUAUACAGCAUAGUGUUUGGGGAAGGAGUGGUGAAUGAUGCAACAUCAGUUGUUCUCUUCAAUGCUGUUCAAAAGCUUGAUGUUUCCAGACUCAGUGGCAGGGCAUUCCGCGUUCUCGGAGAUUUCUUGUAUCUCUUCUCAUCAAGCACUGCUCUUGGAGUAUUAACCGGACUUCUCACAGCAUAUAUCUUGAAAGCCUUAAGUUUUGGAAGACAUUCAAGUGUUCGCGAAAUUUCAUUGAUGAUGUUAAUGGCAUACCUAUCUUACAUGUUGGCCGAGCUGCUUGAAUUAAGUGGAAUCCUCACUGUUUUCUUUUGUGGGAUACUAAUGUCACAUUAUGCAUGGCAUAACGUAACUGAAAUUUCAAGAAUCACAACCAGGCAUGUGUUUGCGACAAUAUCGUUUAUUGCAGAAACUUUCAUAUUUCUUUACGUGGGAAUGGAUGCACUUGACAUUGAAAAGUGGAGGAUGACCAAAUUAAGUUCUGGAAGUUUGAUGGGAAUUUACGGUUGCUUAAUCUUACUGAUAUUAGUCGGGCGUGCUGCAUUCGUCUUCCCGCUCUCGGCUUUUGCCAAUUCUAUGAUGAGUAGGCGCGCCGAGAGCGGGUCAAGUAUCACAUUCAAACAUCAGAUAAUUAUUUGGUGGGCUGGUCUAAUGAGGGGAGCAGUCUCAAUUGCUCUUGCUUUCAAACAGUUCACAUUCUCUGGUGUUACCUCUGAUCCCGUGAAUGCAACUAUGAUUACCAACACCAUUAUUGUUGUUCUUUUCACCACAUUAGUGUUUGGUUUUCUAACAAAACCACUGAUUAGAUACAUGCUUCCCCACAACAAUGGAACAAGAAGAAACACAAACCAUGAAGCAGCAGGGACACCUGGUGAGGACUUGAACUUACCUUUGUUGUCUUUUGAAGAGUCAGCAGCAACAAACAUAAGCCGUGCAAAGGAAAGUCUUUCCAUGUUCAUAGGGUCUCCAGCGUACACCAUACAUCACUAUUGGAGAAAGUUUGAUGAUGCAUACAUGAGGCCUCUGUUUGGUGGACCCCACCAUAACAGGUCGCGGUGCUAAUCAAAUACUGUAUAAUAUAGAAGUAAUUUAGUCAAAUAUAUCAAAU